AUGUCUGAAACACAGUUAUUACGGAAGUGGGAAGAUUUAUUGAAAGCAGGGAAAUUUGAAGGUCUUGCUCAAGAAAUAAAGGAAGCUGAUAUAAAACCAUCAAAUAAAUUAGACACAUCUUGGACACGUCUGUUGGUGGUUAUUUGCCACUACGUAACAUCCCACGAAAAAAUAUCAUUAUCUACAGCUACAGAAUUAACCGAGAUCAUCAGCGCAAUCCACCCGAAGUUAUUAUCUAUCUCAGACCCAGUGAAAUAUUUUUCAUCACUAUACCACGUGAUAAGAAUAUUUCUUUUUUCAAAGCACCACCAAGAGGCCCUUAAAGUCACAGACCACUUCUUACCAGGUACAGUAUGGUCCUCAGCAGUCGAAGAUCCAUCCUACAUUUCAAAACUGACAACUUUGUGGGCCACAAGUCUGGUCAGUUAUUUAAAAUCUAACAAAACUAGAUUUGAGAAGGCGACAGGGUUGAUCAAUUACCAGCUAAGACUGCGCUUGCUCUGCGACCCAGGCGAGCACCGAGUGUUCAUCAACGACCUCGACUCCUACUUCUUGAUAAUAAAGUCCUACGAAGAUGAAAAGUACAAGGAAGACUUCCAGAGCUUCAUCUUGAAAAUCGAGACAUUGACUGACACAAAAAUUUCUCUGGGAACGAAAGACCAGUACCGUACUUACGAAAGUUUCCUAAGACUGAUUACCGACAUCUUGUCGGAUAAAUUAAAUAUCAAGGGAAUUAACAAAAUUUCAGGGAAAAAAAUCAAGCAGCUCUUCGACCUGUUCCGUGAGGCAGUAAAACCCGAUUGUCAAAUCGAAGAAUGCUUUGCAAUGUACGAGCUCUUGUGCUCAAUUUUCACACGACCAGUUUCUGCAUUUGACAAAUUUACCGUCGACACAAUUGAAACUUACAUCCAAACGCUCGAUAAAAUUAUCAAAAAAUACGGUAUCGAGAACGCAGUGCAUAAAAAUUCCAACAACGCAUCAGUGCUGCUUCAAUUCGUCUUAAUUUACUGGGAAACUUACGCCAAGACAAAAGAAAAGUUUGGCAUUCCUGUAGAAUUAGUACCCAAGCUUCUGAGCUUGAUAAUCCAUCAGGCUGAUUUAUUUUCCCAGAUGGAAAUUUCCUCUUGUAAUAAAUGCUCGUCAAACAAGUGUACAGUAAAAAAAGAUAUUUGGAAUUCUAUUGGAGUUAAACUUCGAAUUCUUUUGAUCCUAUCCCGAAUCGAUGCGACUUCCAAAGACCUCAGACAAAUCGGGUUUUCUGUCUUCGAAAACUGCGUCACCAUCGUUUCAGAAUUAAAAGAAAACAAUUGUGAAUCUUGGUUAAAAAAUUGGACUCCCUGCUGUUCAAGAAUUUUCAAUAUUAUUCUUCAGUACGAUAAAAAUCACUACCAAGAUUAUAUUAAAUUCAGCGAGCUACUGUGCACCAAGAUCAAGAGCUUCGAAGUGGAGAAGCUUCUCGACCCAGAAGAAAAUUUCCUAGCUCUCUGCUUACACCGACUUGGAUCUACACAUUACCACAACGAAAACUACAGAGCCGCUAUGGAGGUCGCUUCUUUGAGCGCGUAUGUAGGCUUGAGUACCGGAGAAGGUUCAUCUUUUCGUACCUGGGCUAACUGCAAGUACCGGUACUCUUCAGCAAAGUCUAUGACCAUGGUAGAGUGUCUUGAGUCUAACAAGACGGCAGCACGAUUUGGAAUCACGGUUUUAUUAGACGACUCUCAGAAACGACAAAUAUGCUUGCAAGAAAUCAAAGGCUUGGAGAAUUGUCCAAUGAAUAUGAUGUCUUCAAUCUUAGUAGUGGUUGAAUUAUUGCAAACUUUAAAUCCUGAUCCGAUAGAAUACGCUCAGGCGAUCCACUUGCUCGGGUACCAUCAGCUGGACGUCCAAAAUUCCGAGUCUCUAGAAAAAUUCCUUACAACAGCUAAGUUGGAAUUAAAAAAAUCACCAAAAACACCAUCAAGACAAUUGCUCCUGGGAAAUUUAUUAUUUUAUUUAUUUAUCCAAAAAUUCGGAAACAUUCGCCGCACAAUUGAAGCUGAAAUGCUGACAUCUACCAUGCGAUUGUCUGUAAAAACCCGAGGCGACCCGGCGAGCAACGUAGUUCCAGCUUACAGCCUGAUAAACAUCACCACUUCUUCAAACUUGGAAGCUUCUUUAUUACGAGUGCUGGAAUUCUGGACCAAGUACUGCCAGCAAGAAGGCCUGAUUGAGAGUUUCGGUAAAUAUUUAACUCCUAAGAUGAUGACAAGGCUCGUGAUAAUCGCCGGGGAGUACGCGAAGUUCUACAACUUCCGCGGAGCGGAAAUAUCAGCAUGGCAGCUGGCGAUGAGCUUAGCGAGUAAAUUCAAAGACGAGCGGUCUAUAAUGUACAUCUGUAGUCGCAGCAUCAUGUCGAGGUACCUGAUCACCCAGUGGAUCACCCUCGCCGAGGAGUCAGCUGAGAAAUUAAAAGCCUCUUGCGACGAAGAAAUAAUCGAGAGCGUUGCAAUGUUGAAAUUCAGCUUGUCAAGCUAUUACUUUUACCUAGGGCGAAUUAACGAGGCUAAAAAAUUGUUCGAUGAAGCUUUGGAGACUCCUGGGAUUAAAUUCACUAAAAAUUACCCAACUUAUCUCUACGCGAUGGACAUAUUGAUAUCCGAGCGGCUGAACCACGACGACUGCUUCAAUAAACACAAGUACAUGCAGGCGAUAAUUGAAGGUUUGUACACGGUGAUAUUAAUCGAAGAUAAUUUUUUGUCCUCCCAUAACCUUCCUAGAGAGGACCUACUCUACAGACUGGACACCGCCAUGGAGUUCACGAAUCACAUAACGCUGCGUAUGAACAGUCUGUUGUCUUACCGAGAGAUAUCUGCGCACUUGAUACGCCGCUUGAAAGUAGUCCAGAAAUUAGGAUCGACUCUCCACGUGGCAGAGUGUCUAAAAAAUCUCUGCUUUCUUGAUUUGUCGCGGAAUCAAUUGGAGGAUUGCGAAGUCAAGCUUCAGGGACUGGAGUAUAUUUUGAAGCUGGACUCUGAGAAGCUAGAUUUUGAGAAAGCGACUAAAUCAAAGAAAGGUGUCAGGGUUUUUUGUGAUAACUCUCCUUUGAGACCGGUUGAACUGGUCCGUGAUAUUCCUCACAAUGACGGAUCUCCGGUGCUGAUGACUAAAAUAUUUUCUUCGCCUGAUUUUAUGGAACAUGAAAAAGAUUGCAAGUGUUUUAAAUGUACUAAUUUUGCUUACAAGUACUUUGUGUUUUCUUGUACGCAUAUACGAGCUCAGCUUUACGCGGCGCAGAACAAUGUUGAGCAAGCGGUGGAUCAUUUUCACGGAGCUUUGCAGAUUAUCAAGGAGCUAAUUGAUUUCAAGGUGGAGAAUUUUGAGACUGUCUCCCAGCAUUAUGUUGAGUUUGUGCUUUUCUUGCUGGAUUUUGGAAAGUUUAUCAAGUACUCGGUACCAAAUGGAGGUAGUGAUGCUCUGAGUAUGGUUAUUUAUGCAUUAAGUAUCUGUGAAAAGCACAAAAUUAAAAAUCACCCAGUUUAUUUUAACUUGAAGGAGUUCAUUUUUGAAGCAAGGUUCCAGGAGACUUUUCAAGCUGAUCUUUAUGAUAAGUUUGUCGUUUCUGAUACUAGAGCAGAGCUUGGUGAUGAAAUGGCAGCUGGAGAAGAUAUUUGUGCAACACCUGUUAAGGGAGAUGCUAGAACUAUAGUUGAAUUCAAACGAAGAAAUACUCCGCCUAUUAUUACCUUCACUGGAGCGAGUAUUGAUAGAUUUGAAGAAGACAAUGAUUGCUUGACACCUGUUGUUACUUGUGAUGAUCAGGUGAAGAUUGUCAAGAAACCGAGCAGGAUCACGAAGGUCAAACCUAUUAGACGGAAAAUUUCUGACUCGGAGUAUCUUACUCCGAUUGGGAGUAGAAGUAAUGAUCUUAACUCGGGGAUUUGUCAAGCUUCCGGAGAUUCUAAAGAAGAAAUUUCGGAGAACAAGGAACAGUCAAAGGAUCUUAAUCUUAAUCCUCCGAAGAUUAAGAUUAAGUCUAUUAAAAAAGCUAAUUUGGACCUUAAUCUUCUUCGCAAGAUUCAGGUUAAGUCGGAGGUGACUGGAGGUGAUGGUAAUAGUAAUGUUAGUAAAUCUAGGACAAGAAUAGAAAAUAAUUGUUCGGAAAGAGUCAAGGAGAAUUCUAAAGCUACCAAAGAGCAGAAAAGUAAAAGUGAACUUGAUGAUAAUGUUAGUGAUUUAGAAGCUUUGCAGAUUAGUGAUAAUUCAAAGGUUCGUAAAACAAGGUCUGGUUUAACAGCAAGAGCUAAGACUAAUUUGAAAGUAGAGGCAAAGAAUGAACUGGAUACUGUUAUUGAGGACUUAGAAGCUGUACAUAUUAGUCAAGAUAUAACUGUUGAGAAAUCAAGGAGCAAAUCUAAAGAUUUGAGUGCGAAAGAGAUCAAAAGUACCCAAGAUAGGAAUUUUAGUACAAAUACUGAGAAGAAGAAGAAAGUAAUUGAUUCGGAAAAUAAGGAGGAAAUUGUUGAGAAUAGUAGCACUGAAGAACCAAGAAGGUCAAGACGCCUCGCUGUGAAGAAAUCCGAACCUGGUAUAGAUAAAUUUAAAAUUUUGAAACAGAGAAAUUGA